AUGCACCUUUAUUUGUUAGAAUUACUUUUUGGUGAAAUUUCAAGCUCCCUAUUUUACUUACAUAAUUUAUAUAAAACUCCUAUUAUCAAAAAUAAUAUUAAACUUGUUAAAUGUGGCAAAGAUUCACUUGAAGAUGCAGCAAAAACAACCAGCAUUGGUGGAAAUGAAGAAAGCAAUGAUCUAUUUAUUAGUGAUGAAGGAUCUAUUAGUUCUGAUUUCUCAAGACCUAUUGGCCACGAAUGUGAUAGUGGUGAUAGUAAUAGACCACAUACCCCUCCUCAUCGAAUUAUCUAUAAUCAGGAUUUUCUUAAAUGA